AUUUUUCAUAUAUGAUAGAUUCUAUUUACAACAUUCUUCCUAUCUUCGUAUCUGUAUAAUACCUUUGGCUAUGUUGAUAAAAGGUCAUGAGAAGGAAGGAAGAUUUGAAGCUAGGGGAGAUACCUUUCAUUAGACUUAACUACUAUGGUUUGGCCUAGUAAAGACAAACUUUAGAAUAUGAAAGAGUUAUCUUAAACCUGAAUUAGCUGAAAAUGGAAAGAUACUAUUGCAAAAGUAGUUUUUGUUAUAAUCGUUUAGUUUUAAUGAUGAAUAUCUUUUAAACAGUUUUCAUAACUGGUAUAAGUAGAAAACAAAAUAUAAUUCUGUGAAAUGGUGCCAUUUAAUACUGUUUAUAGGAAAAUGAUGCAAAAUGUGCAUCUGGCUCCUGAGAAUGAUGAAGAUGAUCUCUAUUCUGGCUACAAUGAUUAUAAUCCCAUGUUUGAUACAGAGGAUUUAGAAAAUGAUGUAGCUUUUCAACAGGCAGCAAGAACAAGUCAUGGAAGAAGACCCCCUGUGACAGCCAAAAUUCCUGGUUCAGCAAGUUCAAGACCUUUAGCUACUGGAUUUGGGCCAAGGGCAACUUUACCUUCAUCUAUGGGAAGACCAAUGACAGGAGGUAUACAGUUUGAGGAUGGGGUUUCUCGACCAAUGACAGCAGUGCAAGCUGCAGGUUAUACUAAGGCAGCUAUGAGAGGUUCUUCAUUUGAUCCUCUUGGCCAAGCAAGAGGUCCUGCUCCACCUCUGGAAAAGAAAAAUUCAGACAGUCCAGAAGAGAAGUUGAGGCAGUUGGAAAAAAAAGUGAAUGAACUGGUUGAAGAAAGCUGUGUUGCCAACAGCUGUGGAGACUUGAAAUUGGCUCUGGAAAAAGCAAAAGAGGCUGGAAGACAGGAAAGAGAAUUGUUGAGACAACGUGAACAAAUUACUCCUCCAGAAAAUAUCAACUUAGACCUCACUUACUCAGUUCUUCUCAAUCUGGCCAGUCAGUAUGCUGCUAAUGAAAUGUAUGCUGAAGCACUGACUACUUACCAAGUCAUAGUGAAGAAUAAGAUGUUCACCAGUGGAGGUAUACUGAAGGUAAAUAUGGGAAAUAUAUAUUUAAAGCAACGGAACUAUUCCAAAGCUAUCAAAUUCUACCGUAUGGCUCUAGACCAGAUUACUAGUGCCCACAAAGAGAUGAGGAUGAAAAUAAUGGAAAAUAUUGGAGUUGCAUUUAUUAAAACUGGCCAAUACGUUGAUGCCAUUUCUUCAUUUGAAGACAUAAUGAGCAUAUCCCCAAACCUGAAGGCAGGCUUCAACUUGAUCCUAUGUUAUUUUGCUAUUGGAAAUGGUGAGCAAAUGAAGAAAGCCUUCAAAAAACUGAUUGCAGUUCCUUUGGAAGUAGAUUUUGAUGACAAAUACAUUUCAUUAAAUGAUGAUCUACAUACAAAUCUACUGCUUGAAGCCAUUAAAAAUGACAGUAUAAGUCAAAUGGAACGUGAGAGGAAAUCCAUGGCAGAGGAAUACAUCAUGACAGCUGCUAAACUCAUUGCACCAGUAAUUGAGACAUCUUUUGCAGUAGGCUAUGACUGGUGUGUUGAUGCGGUAAAAGCUUCCCACUAUGUAGAGUUAGCCAAUGACCUGGAAAUAAAUAAAGCCACUACUUACUUGAGGCAGCAGAAUUUUAACCAGGCACUGGAGACUUUGAAAAUGUUUGAAAAAAAGGAUAGCAGAGUAAAGAGUGCAGCUGCAACAAACCUUUCAUUCCUUUAUUAUUUGGGGAAUGAAUUGGCACAAGCAACUAACUAUGCAGAUUUAGCUGUAAAUUCUGAUAGGUAUAAUCCAGCAGCUCUAACUAACAAAGGAAAUACUGUUUUUGCAAAUGGAGACUAUGAAAAAGCAGCUGAAUUUUAUAAGGAAGCUCUCAGGAAUGAUUCCUUAUGCACUGAAGCACUUUAUAACCUUGGUUUAGCAUACAAGAAGUUAAACAGGAUAGACGAAGCUUUGGAUUUUUUGCUGAAACUCCAUGCAAUCCUUCCAAAUAGUGCCCAAGUCCUUUACCAGAUAGCAAGCAUAUACGAGAUCAUGGAAGAUCCCAAUCAAGCCAUAGAGUGGCUCCUGCAGUUGAUCAGUGUAGUACCAACUGAUCCACAUGUACUUUCAAAGCUAGGGAAAUUAUAUGAUAAUGAAGGUGAUAAAUCCCAAGCUUUUCAUUAUUACUAUGAGUCAUACCGGUAUUUCCCUUCAAACAUUGAGGUCAUUGAAUGGCUUGGAGCAUAUUAUAUUGACACCCAGUUUUGUGAAAAAGCCAUUGAGUACUUUGAAAGAGCAGCACUUAUCCUGCCGACACAAGUGAAGUGGCAGCUAAUGGUUGCAAGUUGCUACAGGAGAAGCGGUAACUACCAGAAAGCUCUAGAGAAAUACAAAGUCAUUCACAGAAAAUUCCCAGAGAAUGUUGAAUGCCUCCGAUUUUUAGUUCGUCUCUGCACAGAUAUGGGGCUGAAAGAAGUCCAGGAAUAUAUAACAAAGCUCAAGAAAGUGGAAAAAUUAAAAGAAAUAAGAGAGCAGCGCAUUAAGUCUGGCAGAGAUGGCAGUGCACGUAACCGCAGAGAAGGAGGUGGUGACAGUGGUGGUACCAAAGGGGAAAGACUGAGUGCCAAACUAAAAGCUUUGCCUGGAACAAAUGAACCCUAUGAAAGUAGAAGCAGUAAAGAAAUAGAUGCCUCCUACAUAGAUCCACUUGGCCCACAAGCAGAAAGACCAAGAACAGCUGCAAGAAAAAGAACUGAGGAAGAUGACUUUGCUGAUGAAGAACUAGGAGAAGAUCUGCUUCCAGAAUAGCAUAUGGGCCACUCAGCAUUUUUUUUAAUCCUUGUAAAAGUUUUAGCUGAAAAACUUUCAUUCAUUAUGAUUUUGUAGUAGAUUUUGAUAAAUUAUUUGGGAAAUAUUUUGGAUAUAUGGUACCUUACAUUAAAAACCUGUAUUUGAAA